ACACACACACACAAACAAACACACACACUGCACACUUCAUGUCUCUUGUCCCUCUGUCACCUUGUCUUUCAAUCCCUCCCUCCCAGACCAGACAGAGGAGGGGAGGUGGAGUGCAGAGACACAAAAGAAGAAGGAGUGAGUAGCUACUGCAUGCCUUCAAGGUGAAGGAGAGACAGUCAAUGAGUGAACGUGAUAUAAACUCACAGGCUGUGAACUGAUUCAAGUACGACACAGGAGGAGUUGAAAAGAAGAAGAAAAAAACUGAUUUUGAAGCUGUUUCCUGUUUGGAUUUGUGGCAUCAAGGGGUGAUAAUAUUUGUGAGAGGCACACCCCAGUCCUCCAUUGUGUGACACUCCAUCAUGGUGGACCUGUUUGUUGACCGGGUGCUGGUGAAGAACAACACGGACCAUGAUGAGCUGGACACAGAACGGGAGAUCGUCAUGCGCCUGCAGAACCGCAUCCUGAUGCUCUGCUUUGCGUCUGCUGCAUGUGAGAGCUGCCAGCAGUUUGCUCCGACGCUCACAGACUUCUUUGAUCGGUUGACAGAUGAAUUUUAUGUUGAACGCGGUGCUCAGCUUGUUCUCCUGUACAUUAGUUUGGACCAGUCAGAGGAACAGCAAGAAAGCUUCCUCAAAGAGCUGCCCAAGAAGUGCCUGUUCCUGGCCUAUGAGGACCCCUACAGGAGAGAGCUGAAGGCCAUGUUUAACGUGGAGGAGCUGCCCACAGUGGUGGUGCUGCGGCCCGACUGCUCCAUCCUCAUCCCGAACGCGGUGAAGGAGAUACUCUGCCGUGGCCCAGACUGCUACCGCAACUGGCAGGAAGCAGCAGAGCUCAUCGACAGGAAUUUCAUGAUCAGCGAGGACUCUGAGGGAAAGUCCAUGCGCAGCUUGAGUGACCCUGUGAGAAGACUAAAGUACAAGGUGGAAGAUAAGAAGAAGAAAAAGAAGAAAAAGGCCAGAGGGUGGGGUGGAGAUGGAGAUAAAGAUGCAGAAGUGGACAGAGGAGCGGAUGGCAAGGAUGGAGGCGGGUCAUUAUGGUGAUGGGUACAACACUGUGGGUUUCCCCAAAAGUUACCAUGACUGGUAAUAAAAUGCUUUGUCACGAGGUGCAAUGCUGAUGCUGCCAAUGUAACACAGUUUUACCAAACAAAACCCUUUUUACAGCUCAAUGUCAGACAGUGCUGGCAUUUCAAAUCGAGCAUUACUGUGGCUAGAUUUGCUUUUCUAUAGUGCCAAGCAUCUUCUGUGGUCUUACCACAAACACAUUGCCUGUAUAAGUGGGUGUGGAUAUGACAACAAUCAAUACAAAUCUAACGUAAAA